CUGUGAUUGGCUGGUGGCAGACAGUCCGCACACAGAACAACCACGGUCAUCAGCAGCAGCUUACUGUGCGAGAAAAAGCAUGCUGAAAGUGAACAAUUUGCUAUAAAGAAGUUGAAUUGAAGAAAAGGUGAUUUGUUGAGUGUGGCAGAAAAACCUGGAUUUCAGUUCGCGUUUAUUUUCUGUGUGGAAAUUCAAACAGUGAUAAAAAUUGAAGCUGAUCAAGAAAAAAGGGACAACUCGUGUUUUGGCCCGCACGAGUUCGAUCCACGGCAAGAAAUAAUCGGGAAGAAGGAAACAAAGCAGCAUAAGAAGAAGAAGUAGAAGAACUGCACUGCAAGUUGUGUGUGGAAGGAAGGAGAAGUGAUUCUCGCCUCACGGAGGAAAUUUAACCGGAAAAAAAUUGCGUUCUGUGGAUGAAAAACUAAAAUGUCGACCCUUCAUUUUGUAGUGCACCCACUUCCGGGUACAGAAGAUCAGCUGAAUGACAGAAUACGUGAGGUGGCGGACAAAAUAAACAAGUAUGGCGUGCAGACGCUUCCCGCAUUGCAAUCGCUCAAAAUUCCAGUCAAACAAAUCGUUGUUGGUCCAGCCCAUCUCGGAAUACUGCUGGAGGAUGGACGGGCGUUUCGCGUUGCCUUUUCGAUCAUACCCGAGCGGUUGGAUCUUAGCAAGCAGGAUCCGAACAAGGCUAGCGGAGCCACAGGCAGUUCCGCCAGCCAGUCCAACAACAACUCAAAACUGUCGUCUGCCUCGAGACAGUGUCGCUCGCGGGCUCGAAUCAUGCGCACCAGUAGUUCGGUACGGGGUGGAGGUAGUUCGCAAGGAUCGGGUUCACGUAGCACAGGUGUGAUAAUGGGUGGUGGCUCCUCUGGUAGCCGUUCUCUUGUGUCGGUGCCGGCUCCGUUCGUGCCGGAGGAGCUGGUCACGCAAGCCCAAGUUGUGUUGCAGGGGAAAAGUCGAAAUCUGAUCAUCAGAGAACUGCAGCGUACCAAUCUGGAUGUGAAUCUAGCAGUGAAUAAUUUGCUUUCACGUGAUGACGAAGGUGGUGACGACACCGAAGAAGGAAGUGAUAAUUAUGUGGCAGAGGAUCUGAUCUCGCUGCUGGAUGGGGGAUUUCAUGCCGACAAUAGUGUUAUCAUCGAUGCCGAAGCUAUGUUCUCCGAGGAUAUGUUUGGAUUUUCUAACAUUCGGAAUUUGAUGUUAUACAGUCGUGCUCGCAGUGAACGAAAUCAGAACAAUUCCUCGUCGGCUGGUGGCGGCAGCGGCGGCGGCGGUGGUGGCGGAGCAGGAGGUGGUAGCGGGAGUGGUGGAGGGAGUAGCAGUACCGGGGGAGGAGGAGGAGGUGCCAGUACUAGUGGAGCGGCUGGAGCAAGCGUGGCGAAUGACGUUGGUUCCGGCUCGGGACGCCAAUCCAGCGGAAGUGGAUCUGGUCUGGGUGGCGGUUCCGCCGCCGGUAAUGGUGGAGGUGUCUCGGCGGCCAAUGUCGGUGGAUCUGCUGCUGGGGGUAGUAGCGCCGCGGGUGGAUCCGCUGGCGGAUUGAGUAGUGCCGAGCGGGAAGGUUUUGGACGCUGGCGUGAUCGUCAGUACUUCGGACCUCGUCGGUGGUUCCAUAGUGGCCGCGAGGACGCAUGGGACAAGGAAAGCGUUAAACUUUACUACACUCUAGAUCCCAAGAAGAAAGACUUCAGCUCCGGCUAUCCGUUAUGGGUUUCAGACGAACUUGAAGCCUGGCCGGAGAAAGAUCAACCUAUACGUUUCACCGAAAUCGCUUCACUAUAUUCGGAGUUCAUUGGAGUGACCAGUAAAGGAGAACUACACCAGUGGCGUUGGGUCGAUGUAGAACCAUAUAGAAGCAGUGAAUCGACCAACAUCUUCCAUCCGAAAACAGUACCGUUGAAUUUGCUGUACGAAAAAGUUAUGCAUAUCUCAGCCACAUCGAUCAGGUGCUCGGUGUCAACUGAGAGCGGACGGAUUGCGACGUGGAUGGAUGAGCUGCUCGGUUACGCAGGAAGUAAAUUGGAACAUGUGGCCACUAGCUAUCCCGAAUUUGCACUUGACAAAAUUGUUUCCUUGCACACGUGUACUCUGUAUACGGUAGCCCGAACCGAGAGCGGAGAAUUGUUCUGGUGGGGCGUUUUACCGUUUGGACAGCGAAAACGGCUUUGGGACAAAUAUAAGGCGAAAGCCAAGAAACCGGUGCGUCCAAGUGUCAAUGCACCGGAAGUGACAGUUGGCGCUCAAGUGUGUAUGAAAAACAGUCCCAUGUAUCAGCACGGAGCAAUCGGAUUCACAAUCUCGAACGGUGUGCCGAAAGUAGGCCAGCUGUUGAAUGCUGCCUGGGAUUUGACAAACAUUUGCCGGUUUAAGCUUUUGUCGAUGUCAACGCUUUCCCAGCAGUUGGGACUUGCGUCGGGGUCUGGCACUAACGCUACUCCAGGAAUUAGUGUUCCAAGCGUAGAGAUCAAGGAGAAGCCACCUGUCGUUGUGGCCGUCAGUACAAAACCCUGUUCGGGUGGGAACAACAAGGAGACAGCUGACCGCUUGGAUAUGCCUCCGCCACCAUCUCCAGCAUCUAGCACCUGUAGUGACACAGGAAGUGCGAGCAAUUCGCAUAAACGACAGAAACGGUUGGCUCCAAAGGAGGACUCGGAUUCCAAGAAGGAUGAAGAACAGUGGCUGCUGAAGGAUGUUAUUUUUGUGGAGGAUGUCCGAUCGGUCCCAAUUGGGCGAGUUCUGAAAGUAGAUGGCGAAUACGCGGCUGUAAAGUUUCCGCAAAUGAUGACCUCUGCCAGCUCCGGUAGCUCAUCCGGUAGCAAUAGUAAGGAUAAAUUUGACGAUAGUAUUGAAGCAUGGCAGGAUUGCCGUUUGCUACGAAAGGACGAUCUACAAGUUAUCAAGUCGGCCACGACUUCCCGCGUGCCGGAUUGUUUCCAAAAGAUACCACGACGCAUCGUUUUGAACCCACACCUCCCGAGCGGGGAGUCCGGAUCACAGCUGCUUACGAUUGCGGUCGAUUCGAAAGGAAUUCAUGCCAUUAUGAGAACCGGAAGCAAGCUACAUUAUUGUUUGUUUAAUUUGAACACCGGACGGCAGGAGCAGGACAGUUUGUUCCCAACCGAUAUUGCCUCAUUUUUGGGAUCUUCACCAUCUAGCGUUUCGUUGACUUGUGCUGGUGACUGCUCGGACAGUGUUUUGCUACUGCGAGAUGGAAAUAACACAAUUUAUCCGAUGGCUAAAGAUUGUGUUGAUGCGAUCCGAGACCCGAGCUGGCUAGAUUUGCCCCCUAUUAAGUGUAUAGCCGCUGCUUCACUUACACUCCCGUCUGUAGGAGUGAAUUUGAAGUCACAAGUAGCGUUGGUUGUAUUGGCUCCCGAGCAGCAGCUGUUGAUGUCCAGAAUACUACGAUGCGACAUCGAAGGCGUUCGUCAUGUUCUUGGACAAUUGGAGGGAGACUUGAAGAGUCAACUAUUGUCUGUGAUCUCCGAGCAUACCGAUGGGAACAGGAAUAUCAUUCAUGCUUGCAUAAGUAUGUGCUCUCCAACGUCCAACAAAGACUCCGAUCAAGAUCCAUUAGCGCAAGGUGGCUCAGGUUCGGGUUCAAGCUCCAAUGCGAACUCGGGCUCUGGCGGUGCUGCUUCUAAUUCCGCCGGUCUUGAAUGUAUCAAUGUUAUCACUAACACUAUGAUGGGAAAUCGGCCGGUUAGCAUUCGUGAGAUCAUGCGUCGAAGUGUGAAUCGGGAAAUUGAUACAUCCAAUUCCAACAGCGCACCACUUCCACCUGGCAGCGAUGAAUCACCAGGCGGAUCGUUGCCAGUGGUUUAUUGGCCACCGGAAUAUGACCCAACCAGUGGAGACGAGGAUAGUUUGAGUGGCUUGAAUGCUCCUCAGCUACAGAAAACGGUUAACGAGACAUAUAUUUCUGACCCGAAUGAACGACGGGCAAACGCUUUGCAGAUUGUCCAGCUGCUCUGUGAAAGCCCAAUCCUUCAACCAUAUUUGAGAAACCUACUUAGCGCGAAGGAUGCCCAAGGUCAAACCCCGUUCAUGUUGGCCGUUACUUGUCGUGCCUAUCAGGCAGGCAUCAUAGUGUUCAACGCUAUCCUCAAAAUUGCGAACGGUGAGACAAGCGUUCGUGAUUCAAUGAUCUUCCCGGCUGGUAGCACUCCCGAUCAGUCACCGUUGGGAAUUCUUUGCUGCAAUGAUACGUGUUCUUUCACUUGGACUGGCGCAGAUCACAUAAAUCAGGACAUAUUCGAGUGUCGCACUUGUGGACUGACGGGUUCACUCUGUUGCUGUACCGAAUGCGCUAAAGUUUGCCACAAAGGACAUGACUGUAAGCUGAAACGGACCUCUCCAACGGCGUAUUGCGACUGUUGGGAAAAAUGCAAGUGUAAAGCGUUGAUUGCCGGAAACCAAACGAAGCGCUACGAACUGUUGUGCAAAAUGGCAACUGAUACAGAUCUGGUCACACGGUUUAACUCCCGUGGGGAGUCUAUUCUGCUGUUUCUGAUACAAACCGUUGGUCGUCAAAUGGUUGAGCAGCGUCAGUAUAGAGCGACGUCGAGAGCGCGGAAUUCCUCCGGCAAUACACGCAAAACUCCCUCUCUGGAAGCGGAGAGCGAUAUGCCCGAGCACGAUUUGGAACCUCCGCGUUUCGCUAGGAAGGCGUUGGAUCGCUUGCUGAAUGAUUGGCCCGCUGUUCGGUCGAUGAUUAUGACUGGCGCAGAGCAGGAGAAACCCAUUGUUCCAAACCCUACGCAACCGUUCUACGAUGACGAUAAUCAGCAGGUUUAUCUACAGUCGCAAAGUGGAACCACAUUGCUGGAUAAAUUCACUCAUAGCCUGAUUGUAAGAUGCAGCAACGAUCCCCUGGAGAAACUGUUGGUUACUCUUGUGAACGAACUGCAAAACGAGACGAUAGUGGGAAGAAGUGAGGAAGCACAGAAGGUAGCGCGGCGUUUUGUUCGCUCCGUGGCACGUGUUUUCGUUAUCUUUAGCAUUGAAAGAUUCCACAAUCCCGAGAAGACGCGCAAUUCUACGACACAAUCCAAACAUCUACAAGCGUAUCGGCGAGUGUUUACAACGCUGUUCAAGUUUGCCAUUGAAGAACUGAUUGAAAUUUCCGACGCACUGGUUACACCGGUUCGAUUGGGUGUGGUCAAACCAACUGCCCCGUUCUCACUGUCAUCCAGCAGCAUUGACAGCACGGAUGAUCUCUUCUCGGUGGAACCAUUGGCUCCUCCAACAAACCGAACGCCUAACAGUGUGGAUAUCAGAGCUGGUGCAUCACGAGGGGAUGGAAUUGAAAACGAGCGCAUUUCCAAUUCAGGAUUUAUGUCCCGUAUUAAUCUACGCUUGCGUGAUAUCGAAGACAAUAAUGACGCGGAUGCGAUGGUUCAAGAUGACGGCGAGGCGUCCGAGCAGGAGGAAAUGGCCGAGAGAGAACAGCCACCUCCGAGAAGGAGUUCCAGUGUGAGAGCUGCACCGAGUACGGCCGCUAUCAAUGCGGGCGAGGAGGAAUCACAAGACCCGUUGCGAAACGAUGAGGCUGCCCAGGGUGAGAGUGAUACAGAAUUUAAUUUCCACGAAGCCGAAACCGAGUCGGACUCGGAUGACAACCAGAGUACGCAGGAUGCUCAACGAAGUGUACAGACCGGUGCUACGGCCGGGUCGGACACAGGUCUUGCUCUACUGUUUGACAACGAAGAUGAUUCGGGUGACUCUAGCCAACCGGAUGACGAAGGAUCUGAGGAUGGUGAAAGUGAUGACCAUUCUCAUGAAGAUUUCAGCCUUGGCGAUGAGCAACUAGAGAGGAGACAAACCUCCGGGGGGAAUCAGCGUACCAAUUUGGCGCCCCAAUCAAUGCAAUGGGCCAUUCGCAGUCGAGACACAGCUGGGCCGGAGCGCGUCCGCUUGACUGCCGGAGGCUCCAAUCUAGUGUUCAUUGAUCCUAACGCGCUGCGUAGAACAACUGCCGCUAGUGCGGCGGUUACUGCGGCUCAGCAGCAGGAAUCGCCCACAAUGACCACAACGGCGAGUGCAUUGGCACGUGCCUUCGGAAUAGUGUUGCGUCAAAUAUCGGAUUUGAUUGGCAUGCUGCCAACAAGCUUCAGCGGUUCAUCUUCCGCCCUGGAUGUCACCCACCAGGAAGCGAUACAACUUCAGAUGUACGUCGAAAAACGUUUGAAACCAACUUGGGAUUGGAUAUUGACCGUAAUGGAAGCUACCGAAGCACAGCUUCGGUUCGGGGCUUCGUUAACAGACUCGACCGAUACAACGCAUCCACUGCACCCACUCAAUACACCUAGCACAUCAUCGACUAGUAACAACAAUACCUCUUCCGGUGUGAUGGGAGUGAUUGCGGGCAGUAGAAAUCGCUCAGCCAUUAGUACACUUGGUGCAACCACCGCGCGAAGUCUUGGAUUUAGCGACAAUACAAAUAACGAGCGAAGCUCGCGCGAUGGUGGCAGCUCUUCAUCGGAUGCAGCCUCAAGUCGUCGCGAUUUCCUCACAUACUGCCUCUCACUGAUGCGUGCCCACAACUCGGAGCAUCGUGAUUUCCUUCCAGUGCUAGAUGUGACCGCCCUGCGUCACGUUGCAUACGUGCUGGAUGCGAUACUGUUCUAUAUGCGGGCAACGAACGACAAUGACAUCGAUCGUACCACUACCGGAUCGAAUGUUUGGGAUGAUCAAGAUGAGAACGAAAACGAAGAUACCGAAGAGGACAUUUCAACUUCGAUCGUCAUGGAUACGGAUUCGGUGGAUGAUGAUCUGAUGCGCCCGUCGUUGGGUCGUCGUCAUUCAUUUUUCCAGCGAUCUGAUUCAACGCUCUGUCUCGGGUGCCCUGCGCCGGAUCCAUUUAAUACGGCUCUGGCCGAGGCAUUGCCACUGGCGGAUCAGCCCCACCUGCUGCAACCAAAUGCACGCCGGGAAGAAUUAUUUGGAAUGCCGAAGCGUCCGAUCACACUCUCGCCGAACACGCAGCAACCAGGGGAGGCAAGCGUUAAUCUGGAAGUGCCACCCGUGCGUCUGAGCUUGUCCGCUACUAUUAGAAAUGAUCCAUCAACUUCGUCUGGCAGCUUGACCAAUUCCACCGCAAGUAAUGUGGAAACGGUCGCAAUGGAAAUUUACCAGGAUGAAUUAUCACAAGAUAAUAAACAGCCUGGAGGAAGUAGUACAAUGGAAAUCGUCAGUAUUUACCAAGACAAGAACAACGAAACCACGAUCGUUGUUAAUGAUAAACAGUUUGAAACGCUGUCACCUAUCAAAGAACUCAAUGUCAAUUCGGAUGCGGAGCCUAAACCCGGACCAUCUGGAGAGCAAUCACAGUCUCCUAAGCCACCACCCCCGCCGCCACCAGUGGCAUCGGGACCUAGCGCAAGUGGCGAUGUAUACUACAAAAAGAAUCGACUCUUCUACAUAAAAAAUAAUAAAUACAACGAGGAAUCCGACGUUGAUGUCGACGAGAUCAGUAUCAGCUCGGAUGAACCGCAAGACUUGUCCCAGUCCUCGAUUAAAAUCGAGGUGGACACCGAUCAGGACCAUGACGAGUUAUCGGAAUCCGAUUCGGAAGACGCACCACAGAUUAUCAAACGUCAAAAGUUGGAUGAGAGCGCAUUGAAUGGUGAUUCGACGAUAUCUGUGGGGCAACAGGAAGCUUCCGCUUCGACCAUUCGGCCGCCGAUAAUUGUGACAAGGCGAAAGGUACCAAUUGAAACCACUCAGCAGCAAUCAACUGGGAAUGGUACGGACGUGAAAGUUGCUCCAGCUGUGUUACAGGGAAGUGCAUCUGCGCCAUCCUUGGUUGGAGAACAGCAGGGUACUGUAGCCACUUUUGUGAACUAUACGACCACUGGAAGCCAAGUGACUGUUGCAACUGGUUCCGGAACGUUGGUGACUGCCAGUGGGUCUCCUGGCAAGAGCGUCAUUGUACGUGCUGGACCGUCUACGUCCUUUUCGUCGACGGCCACCGCCAGCACGGAGGUGAUUCAACACGCCGAGGCGAUGGAUCUGCAGGAGAUUUCCGCUCACGUCACCGUCGAAACAACGCCCAAUGUCCAGCAGACGGUACAACCGGAGCUGCCUCCCCGAGGAAUCUACCUUCGGUCGAGCAACCAAAGUUCGCUCAAUUCAUCCAUUCUGUCGGACAUUCUGCUUGGUCGCUGGCGACUAUCUUUGAUUCUGUUUGGCCGGGUGUUCCUCGAGGACGUGGGUGUCGAGCCGGGCAGUGUGAUUUAUGAACUUAACGGAUUCCCCGUCAAGGAAGCCAAAUUCCGACGAUACAUGGAGAAGUUGCGUAAUGCUCAACAGAAGGAUCUCACGCUGUCCAAGAUGGAACGUAACCGAUCGGCCCUGCUAACGCAAACAUUCAAGGAAUUGAACACCCACUAUAACAACAGGAGGUUGCAGUCGCCACUGGCAUUCAGUCGUGUAAAAGUCACAUUCAAGGAUGAACCUGGUGAGGGCUCGGGAGUAGCUAGAAGUUUCUACACAUCCAUUGCCGAAGCAUUAUUGGCAAACGAGAAGCUACCGAACCUGGACGCAGCGCAAACGGGCUCUGCCAAGUAUGCGUCAGUUCCGUUCAACAGUAUGCUACAACGACAUCGCAGUACUAGCAGCACCGGAGGAGGAGGUGGAGGCACUUCGUCGGCUGCCGGGGGCAGUAGUAGUGCUAGUCGGGAUUCAAACGCAAGACGAGGCUUAUCUAGCAAACAGCCUCUCUGGAGGCCAAAUCGCGAAUCCCGAAAAACGCUCAAUUAUGACGCAAGGCCUUUCAGACCAGCAAGUGAACAAGCCCAAGGUUCUGCAAGUAACGGUGGAGUGGGAGGAAAUAACAGUCCUCCGUUCAUGCACAUUAACGAUAGCCUACCGGCGCACCAGCAACAGCUGGGUGAGCGUCUUUAUCCAAAAGUUCAAGCUCUAUAUCCGAACAACGCACCUAAAAUAACCGGAAUGCUACUUGACUUACCGGCUACACAAAUCCUCAUGCUGCUAGCUUCGGAAGAAAGUCUGCGACAGAAAGCUAACGAGGCACUCGAAAUCAUUCUGAGUCGUCAGCGGUUAGAGAUCGAUAAUCUCGGUGUUGCCGGUAAUGGUACAUCUGCUGCCUCGGCACCCGCUGGUGGCAGUUCUGGGGAUCAACAGGCAAGUGGAAGUUCUGGUUACACUCAGGCUCAGAAUUCUGGGCUAUCGAAAAAGAGUGGCCCAGUGUUGAUUCUGGAAGACUGCCAGCUAGACGCCCCGUUAUUCUAUUCUCCUGGCAAGCGCGGGUUUUACAGUCCUCGACAGGGUUAUCCCUCCAGUGAGAGGUUGAAUGCAUUUAGAAACGUCGGAAGGUUGAUCGGAUUAUGUUUGCUUCAAAAUGAACUGUUCCCAUUGUUCCUGCAGCGCCACGUACUGAAAUAUAUUCUAGGACGACAGGUUCGUUUCCAUGAUUUGGCCUUCUUCGAUCCGGUGGUGUAUGAUUCGCUGCGUCAGCUGGUGAAAGAUUCACAAUCGAAGAGUGGUAUCACCAUUCUUCAGAGUUUGGAGCUGACAUUUGUUAUCGAUGUGAUUCCGGAAGAGGGAUCUGGUACCGUGGAGUUGGUUCCUAAUGGCCGUGAUACCCCAGUGAACGAGACGAACGUGUUCGAUUACGUGCGCAAAUAUGCCGAGUAUCGGAUGAUCAAAACACAGGAGAAGGCUUUGGAUGCAAUGCGUUCGGGCGUGUUUGAUGUGCUACCUGACACCGCACUCGAUCAAUUGACUGCAGAAGAUCUGAGACUUUUACUGAACGGCGUUGGAGAUAUUCACGUUGGAACUCUGAUCUCGUAUACUGCGUUUAACGACGAAUCGAACGAAAGCAGUGAUAAGUUGCUUAAGUUCAAGAGAUGGCUCUGGAGUGUUGUUGAAAAGAUGAGCAAUCUGGAGCGCCAGGAUCUGGUAUACUUCUGGACUGGCUCUCCGGCGCUUCCGGCUUCAGAGGAAGGCUUCCAACCAAUGCCGUCGGUUACAAUUCGCCCUGCAGACGAUGCCCAUCUACCAACGGCCAAUACUUGCAUCUCCCGGCUGUAUAUCCCACUGUACUCGAGCAAAGCAGUACUUCGACACAAACUGCUACUGGCAAUCAAAACAAAGAACUUUGGAUUUGUUUAAGCGAAGAAGUAAGACGUAAAAUUGCGGAACUUUCACGAUAGUAGUUACUCACGAUUGGGCCAGUGAUUGAAAUAAACAGAGCGCGGAAGCGCGUGAUCGAUAAUGUUCAGAACAGCGAUCACUUAUAUCUAUAUAUUUAUCCAUUCCGCACUUUAUGUAUGUACAUAUUACGUUCAUUUGCGUUUGGUAUUAAAAAUUCUUUCCAAACUCUACUCGAUUUGCUCCCUGUAUAAGAUUGCCCAAUUGUAUCGCGGAUAUACGCAUUACAGACGUGUGAACACGAUUAAAACAUCUAAAUUUUUAAGAUCUUUGUGCGAAUACACAAGCACAAGCAAAAAUAUGAUAAAUCGAACACGCGUUCGUUGAUUUGUUUUUCUUCAAACAAACAAGGUAAGGAUUACUCAAUAACGUCGCGUUUUAAUGUGAUUGAAUCAUUUAUAUAUUCAGUAUAAAUGCAACUAUAAAUAAAUUUAUACAUAUAUUUAUCAUAUACAAGAAUGAAACAACUAAAGUUAAAUGCUAUAUAGUAGUACGCGCAAGUGCAGAUAUCUAGGAACAAAACAACACACACGUAGAUAGAAGUAAGUUCAGUUCUAAAAUUGACGGAUGAGUGGAAAAAGAGGGUGGUGCUUAUUAUUAAAAUUUAAUAAGAAUAGUUUUGAAUGCUUACUGAUCGAGCUGCAUCUAUCAAUAGACAACAUCUUAGAAUAGGGCCAAAUGCAGACUCGAUUCGUAUCAUUUUCAAGACUGCAUAAUUAGUUGGUUCGGAAAAGGAAGAAAUUUCUUUGAGUUUUGAUAACAACCACAUAGCGUCAAUUCUGUUAUUACUACUGUUCUGUUGUAUCGCUAUCGUUUCUAUUAAGUUUUUUUUCUUGCAGUAAAAUAAUUUUCAUUUUGUCGCGGACGCUUUACUUUAUCGAUAAAUAGUAUCUUGUACAAGGUUAGGAUAAACAAAUUAUUCUGCAAAUUUAAAAUGUUUGGUUUCAUAAACGAACACAAGUGUAGGUACCGCAGAAAUUACACUCCACACCGAGAAUGAUAGCUUCGAAAGCUCUGGAUGAUUGAAGCUGAUGCGCAGUUUUGAGUUGUUGAAUGAAAUAACGAUGUCAGCUACUACAAUUAUAUUACGAUAAUUACUGGAGUCAACUGAACUAUUAACCCGUAAUUUCAAAGAAAUACAUUUUAAACACCUAUAAAAGUGAAA